ACAUCACGAGGCCUGUGUGGAGAAAGCGGAAGAAGAAGACGAAAACAUCAGCAGCGGCACUGAGGCGACUGGACGUUUCACAGAGCUCCCUUCAUCAGCGGUUCUCCUUUGGUUGGUUUGUGUUUAAAGCUGCAAGUAACUUUAGAACCGAGUCACACCAAAAUGUCGCUGUUCGGUAAGAUAUUCGGUAGCAAUAGUAAGGGAGGGAAGGGACCGACUCCCCAAGAGGCUGUCCAGAAACUCAGGGACACGGAGGAGAUGUUGGCCAAAAAACAAGAGUUUUUAGAGAAGAAGAUCGAACAUGAGCUCCUGACGGCGAAGAAGAACGGAACCAAAAACAAACGAGCGGCCCUCCAGGCCCUGAAGAGGAAAAAGCGCUAUGAGAAGCAGCUGGCCCAGAUUGACGGGACGCUGUCCACCAUCGAGUUCCAGAGGGAGGCUUUGGAGAACGCAAACACCAACACUGAAGUGCUGAAAAACAUGGGCUUUGCUGCCAAAGCCAUGAAGGCCGCUCACGAAAACAUGGACAUAGACAAAGUAGACGACCUGAUGGCUGAAAUCACGGAGCAGCAGGAGGUGUCCCAGGAAAUUGCAGACGCCAUCUCCAGACCGGUCGGCUUUGGGGAGGAGUUUGACGAGGAUGAGCUCAUUGCUGAGCUGGAGGAGCUGGAGCAGGAAGAGUUGGACAAAAACCUUUUGGAAAUCGAAGGAACGGAAGACGUUCCCCUGCCGAGCGUACCAUCUACGUCGCUCCCAACUAAACCAGCCAAGAAGAAGGUAGAAGAAGACGAGGACGACAUGGCGGACCUGGAGGCCUGGGCGGCUAACUGAGCCGGGUCCUCCUGCUUCUCGCCAGCAGCCCGCCCCCUGCUGUCAGAGCAGCAGAGACUCAGGGCUGCACUGCUGGCUGCUCCAUCCUAAAGCCUCCAUCCGGACGUCUACCACAGCACCUCUAGUUUGCACAUGGAUGAAAAAACUGGAACGAGAAGAGCUCAGGCUUCGCUCUACAGAUUAAAGUUGCAGGAUGAGUCUCUUUGCCAAACUCUGCUCCUUUUUCUAGGAGGUCAAAGAGUGAAAGAAAUGCCCCCCCCCUUUUUACAAAAACAGCCUGUGGCUCCUCUGCGUUUCCGUAUAGGAUUGAGUGUUUGCGUGCAUACUGCGAGGGUACGGUGUGAGGAGGUACAUGAUGAGGCCUGCCUCUGGAGGAAUGUGAAGAACCAACCUCUGCACACAAAAAGAAACGCGUUACACGGCGCCCAUUCACUCUGCUUCCUGUCACUAUCUGUUCACUCCU